AUGAACACUGCCAUGAACACUGCCAUUAACAGUGCCAUGAAUACUGCCAUGAACACUGCCAUGAACACUACCAUGAACACUACCAUGAACACUACCAUGAACACUACGAUGUAUGGGAACGAGAGCUGCGCCAAUGGGGGCAGAGAAGGCUCCUCCUCCACAAAGCUGUUGAAGGAUGAGAAGGAACGACACCUGCCGAAGUCAGAG